AUGUCAACACCAGACAGCACCGCUACAGAAUGGGAUCCUCUCGGCCCAAAUUCGCCAUUAGCGGAAGCGCUUCUCAUCCUUCGCCCUAAAAAUGCCGCUGCAAAAUUCGCCUUCUCAAACGUCGUUGACUUUCUGCAAGAACAAGACUACAAUGCAGAUAACACCGCACGCUCUCAUUACGCAAAAUACAUCUGGUACUCUGACGAGCUUACCGCCGACCCAGCGGUGACUCAUCUUGUCCAUUCAAAUGCCUAUUUAUCAUCAUCUUCACCUUCGUCGUCGUCGAAAGAGCGCAUGCCGAGUCCGGUUCCCAUCUGGACGGGAUUCUACUUCAUUGAUCCAAAAGUCAAACCUUUACUUCCUAGUCGAGGAUGGGCUGUUGGAAGGUUGAGCUCGAAAAGCCUCACUCUUGAGAAGCCAGUAGUUGACUUGUUACUCACCACAUCACGACGGAAUCGUGUAGCCAGAAGACAUGCAUGCUUGACAUUUGCCCAAGAAACAAGGAUGGCUUGUGUCAAGGUCGAGCCAAGGGCUGCCGCAACAGUCAACAACUACACCAUCCCAUCGUCCCACGGAGGAAACACGGCUGUUUGCGCCAAGGCUGAAAACUCCAUCGCGUUCGAGGACUUGAGCUAUACACUAGAGUACACAAACUACUGUCGCACGACCGAAGGCCGUCAGACACUGGAGGUUUUUCUGGCGGAUAUCUACGGCGAUGAUCAACCCACUGAGGAUGCACUAUCAGCGACGCCAACGCCCAACGUGACCACUCAGACAAUAGGCAGCUAUACCAUUACAGGAGCCAACCUGAUCGGAAUGGGCACAUAUGGUCGGGUCAAGCCAGCGACGGGACCACAAGGGAAUGUCGUUGUUAUUAAGAGUAUGGUACCAACCCGCGGCAACCUGCAGUUUGUUCGAUCUAAGGUGAAUAUGGUCCGAUCACUUUCAAGAAUGCUGGAGAGAGAGCAUCAGAAGAAUGUGUUGACAUGUAUCGAUGUGAUGCACAUGGAAGGCAAAGUUGAUGAGUUUCACUUAGUCCUUGAACCUUUUGUUGAGAAUACUCUGAUGGCUUUGCCGAAACAGAGCCAAACACACUGGACGAAAUUGGAAAUUAUACUCUGCGAUUGUCUCCAAGGCCUCAGUUUUCUUCACGCCCAUAACUUUGUUCAUACAGACAUCAAACCACCCAAUAUCGGCCUCAAAAACCUCACCCGUUCCCUCGUGAGCCAAACAGCCUCCUGCCCCCCUCCAGCACGUCGCCUGACAGCCAUUAUCCUCGACAUCGACUCCAUCAUUCCUAUCCCUGCGAACAGAACAACAAUACCUGCUCAACCCGGCACCAACGGGACGAUCGGUUUCCACUCGCCCGAGCAGGAAAGGACAGAGUUUGACGGUACAGCUGAUAUUUGGGCAUUGGGAGUUUGUAUGUAUAGAGCUGUAUUUGGGGAAUUGCCGUGGCGGUUUGGGGCACUUGGCAACCCAUGGAAUAACAUGGGGGAUGGGAGAGGGAUUGAGAAAAUAGCUUUCCAUGAGAAGUAUAGUGUUGUGAUGAGAAAGGUCGGGGAGAAGAGGUGCGAUGAGAUGGCUGCACUAUUGGACUUUAUUAUUGACUCGUUUCGUUUUUCGGAAGCGGCUAUUGAAAGCCAGAAACAGCCACGACCGAGUAGCGCAGAGUCUCUCAGAGCUCUCAUUGGAAAGUCCGAGUUUCUUAAGAUGAGAGCCAAAUGGCAAGAAGAGACAGGUGAGCCGCCAGAGUCAGCACAAAUCGGUUUAAAGCGGCCAGCGGGGCAGUAA